UCGUUGCUUUUGGAGUGAGCCACCCAAACCAAAAAGGCUUCUGCGGUUAGAAAAACUAUACCCAUCUCUUCAACCAACACGCACGCUCAGACAUUCACGCACGAGAGAGAGAGACAGAGAGAGAGAGAGAGGGUUAGAGAUAGGAACUGUGUUUGUAAUCUAUUCCAUGAAAGCAAGAGUAAGGGGGGAAAAGAAAAAAAUGUAUAUUUACAUUGUUUUCUCGAGAAACUAACACUAGUUUAGCCUAUAGCGUGCACCACCACUUCUCUCUUGCUUAAAAUUCCAUCCCAUGAAAGAGAGUAGAUAAAGCAAAGUUGUUUCUCUUUUUUCAAGAAACUGAGUUUUUUACUCGUAGCCUGCAUCACCACACUCUUCUCUCCCUCUCUCUCUCUCUCUCUCUCUGUGUGCAGGUCAAAGACUAUCUUAGAGUCUCUCUAUCCAAUAGGAAAUGCGUGCUCUUCAGCUCAUAGAGCGAUUCAAGGGCACCCAAGUUCACGCUCUUAGUCCAUCGGAGACUAUCACCGGCACCGGUAAAAACCCCACCGUUGCUACCAGGGCUAAGCUUAUCAACUAUAAAGUCAAAUCAUUUUCGAAGUCCAAAGCCAACAACUCGGUCGCAGUAACUGAGGCUCUUCUUCCUUAUGGACUUCCUACAACUGAUCUCCUUGAACCCUCCAUAGAUCCCCACCUCAAACCCCUCGACUUCGUAGCGACUGUAGCUGACCUGUAUGGCCGUCUUGAAACUUGCUCCCACUCCGAUAAGUCAAUGCUAUGUAUGGAGCAGUACUCUGUCUUGCGUAGCCUCGGUGAUCACAAGCUGCUACGCCGGUGCCUCCGUGCUGCCCGUCAAAACGCGGGAGAUGUGCACUCGAAGGUUGUGGUUUCUGCGUGGUUAAGGUUCCAGAGGAGGGAGGACGAGCUUGUGGGUGUAUCUGCUAUGGAUUGUGGUGGCCACGUUCUUGAGUGCCCCAAGGCCGCUUUAGUAUCUGGGUAUGAUUUAAAUUCUAUUCAUGAUCAUUGCCAAUGUCUUAACGGCCGUUUCGAGGUGAUUAAUACGCCAACCUUGAUAGGGAAUGAGUGUUUGAGUUUGGAUGUGGAUAAUUAUGUUUCAUUUUGUAUUGGUAAUGAGGAAAUUAAAUGUGUUCGGUACAGAAUUGCAGCGUUAUCGAGAGUAUUUAAUGUUAUGCUGUUUGGUAAGUUCUUGGAGUCGAAAAUGGAUAAGAUUGAUUUUUCAGGAAAUGGGAUAUCUAGGGGGAUGAGAGCUGUUGAAGUAUAUAGUAGAACUAGAAGAUUGGACUAUUUCAGUGCUGAGAUUGUUUUGGAGUUGCUUUCUUUUGCAAAUAGGUUCUGUUGCGAGGAGUUGAAGUCUGCUUGUGAUGCUCAUCUAGCAUCACUGGUGGGCAACAUUGAGGAUGCAAUGACUCUUAUUGAAUACGGUUUGGAGGAGACGGCAAAUCUUGUUGUGGCAUCUUGCCUCCAAGUGAUGUUAAGAGAGCUCCCAAGCAAUCUGUAUAAUUGGAAGGUGAUGAAAUUUUUUUGUAGCUCUCAGGCUAGGGAGAGGUUGGCCAGGGCAGGUCAUGCUUCUUUCUUGCUGUAUUAUUUCCUAAGCCAUGUUGCGAUGGAGGAAAGCAUGGCAUCUAACACGACAGUGAUGUUAUUGGAGAGAUUGGGAGAGUGUGCAACAGAAAGGUGGCAGAAGGGACUUGCGUUUCAUCAACUGGGCUGUGCAUUGCUUGAGAGAAAAGAGUACAAGGAUGCUCAGCGUUGUUUUGGGGUGGCAGCUGCAGCGGGUCAUGUUUAUUCAAUGGCUGGCAUAGCAAGAGCUAAGCAUGAGCAAGGGCAACAGUAUUCGGCCUAUAAGUUGAUGAGCUCUCUCAUCUUAGAGUAUAAACCAAUUGGGUGGAUGUACCAAGAGCGGUCUCUUUAUAAUAUUGGGAGGGAGAAGAUCCUGGACUUGAAAACUGCAACUGAAUUGGAUCCUACUCUUUCAUUCCCUUAUAAAUAUAGAGCUGUUGCAAAGGUGGAGGAGAAGCAGAUUAGGGGAGCCAUUUUGGAGAUUGACAAAAUUAUUGGGUUUAAGCUCUUGCCUGACUGCCUUGAGUUGAGAGCUUGGUUCUUCAUUGCACUUGAGGAUUACGAAAGUGCUCUUAGAGACAUUCGAGUAGUUUUAACUUUAGAACCCAAUUACAUGAUGUUUCAUGGGAAGGUUACUGGGGAUUACUUGAUUGAGCUCCUCAGCCAUCGGGUUCAGCAAUUGAGUGAGGCUGAUUGCUGGAUGCAACUCUAUCAGCGAUGGUCUUGUAUUGAUGAUAUAGGCUCUCUGGCUAUCAUACAUCAGAUGCUGGUAAAUGACCCUGGAAAGAGUCUUCUCCGGUUUCGGCAAUCUCUACUUCUUUUGAGGCUAAAUUGUCAAAAGGCUGCAAUGCGUAGUUUGCGAUUGGCUAGAAAUCAUUCUAACUCUGAGAAUGAAAGGCUAGUUUAUGAAGGUUGGAUUUUAUAUGACACCGGUUAUCGUGAAGAAGCUCUCUCUAGGGCAGAGAAGUCCAUUUCACUUCAGAGGUCAUUUGAAGCCUUUUUCCUUAAAGCGUACACAUUGGCAGAUACAACUCUGGAUCCUGAAUCUUCAUCUUAUGUCGUUCAAAUUCUGGGGGAAGCUCUUAAAUGCCCUUCAGAUGGUCUUCGGAAAGGACAAGCAUUAAAUAAUUUAGGGAGUGUUCACGUGGAUUGUGGUAACCUGGAUUUAGCUGCAGAUUGCUACAUGAAUGCCCUUGAGAUCAAGCAUGCAAGAGCUCAUCAAGGGCUGGCGCGUGUUUAUCAUCAAAGAAAUCACCGGCAAGCUGCAUAUGAAGAGAUGACCAAGCUAAUAGAGAAGGCACAAAAUAAUGCAUCAGCAUAUGAGAAAAGGUCAGAAUAUUGUGGUCGUGAAAUGGCAAAGAAUGAUCUUGAUACAGCAACACAAUUGGAUCCGCUUAGGACAUAUCCAUACAGAUACAGGGCAGCAGUUCUGAUGGAUGACCAAAAAGAAACUGAAGCUGUAGAAGAGCUAACGAAGGCCAUAGCUUUCAAGCCUGAUUUACAAAUGCUUCAUCUUCGAGCAGCAUUUUACGAGUCAAUGGGGAACCUCGCCUCUGCUCUCCAAGAUUGUCAGGCAGCUCUAUGCUUGGACCCUGAUCAUAAGGAAACACUUGAUUUGUAUAAUCGGGCACAGGAGUUGGCUGUAAAUUUACACCUUAAAUGAACACUCAUAUAUGUUCCUAAUGAAGUCAGCAUGUGGCAGGCCUCAUUAGCUGAGGGGUAAUAUCAUGGGGACUUCACAAAUGUCCGAAUGUUCCCUACCAAUCGUGCCCGUGAUGAUCAUCCAGCUGCAAAGAAGCCAUCACAAUGAUUAGGGAUUCUUCAUCAAGAAAAAGAGGCGAGGGAGUGGCAAGCUUCAUCAGCAGAGGGUCAUAUAUGUGCUGUGACCUUGUCCCCCUGGAUCAUGAGGGAUUCUGCAAGCUAGAGCAUCCUGGUGAAAAUGGUCAUGUAAAACAAACCAAAAGAAAUGUCCCUAUAACCAUUUAGGGAAUGGGGUCAGAAUCUUUAUGGUGUUGAAAGUCUUCAAAAUUCUUUGAGAACAAUAUAGGCGUCCCAUAUUGUCACUUGAUUGAAACAAGAAUUUUGUGGGGGAAAUUACGUCUUUACCACCCAUCUUUCAACACUUGACAUUGAACCUUAAAACUACCAAAAAUUGUGAUUUGCACCAUCUGUAUAGAUUCAUAGUGAAGAUUGCGUUACGUUACCUAA